UACUAAACUAACUAUGGUAAAAAUCGCUCAUCACUAUAAACAAAAACAAUGAUGACGUUACCAAAAAUAUGUUUUAAAACUGUGAAGCGGCCGUAAAAAUGCUCAAAACCGCGACUAGCCUUUCGCUGCUAUGACCAUCUGUGUAUUAAUAACCAAUGUUUGGUGAACAACACGCACUUGCUCAAUGUAAGCACCUCCGCCUCUACCAUCGUCGCCGCCGCCGUCGCGACCUCUCCGCGGGAUUAUUUUGCUUAUAGUUUUGCUUACACAAGUGCAAUUAAUUAACUUAUAUCUAUUACUUGGUACGACGCCAGCACUGUUAUCUGAUUGCCACAAGUAGUCAGAGCUGCGAAGUCAAGCCGCCAGCAAAACCAGUUCUAGAAAUAGGCCAACAUCUCAGCUUGGCUCGGUUGCCUCAUCAUCAAGGGGAAAGUGACGCGCCUCCGGCUAAAGUUAACGGCUCAGCUCCAUAAAAUGUUAUCACACUCGGCUCACGUCAUGACGCUGGCCAACAGCAUCAUUGGUGUUGGGAUCUUAGCGAUGCCUUUCUGUUUCCAGAAGUGCGGCAUCGUGCUCUCCAUCAUUCUCCUGGUGCUGAGUAACGUCAUAACCCGUGUGUGCUGCCACUAUUUGAUAAAAACAUCACUUCUGACACGUCGCAAGAGUUUCGAGCUGCUCGGCCUUCACGCUUUUGGCGCUUCCGGCAAAUUGCUGGUCGAGCUGUGUAUCAUCGGGUAUCUAAUUGGGACGUGCAUCACAUAUUUCGUUGUGGUCGGUGAUCUCGGCCCACAGAUAAUUGCCAAGCUGUUCACUCUGAAUGUGGCGGACCACAUGCACCUGCGAUCUCUGGUCAUGAUAGUGGUGACCGUGGUCUGCAUUGUCCCACUGGGCAUGCUGCGGAACGUGGAUAGCUUGUCGGCCGUGUGCACCGCUUCCAUUGGCUUCUACGUCUGCCUUAUGCUGAAGAUCGUGCUCGAAGCGGAGAGCCACAUAUCGGCGAAUGACUGGACUAAGAAAGUUGUCUACUGGGAGCCGGCUGGCGUUCUACAAUGCCUGCCUAUAUUCAGCAUGGCGCUAUCCUGCCAAAUGCAGCUUUUUGAGGUCUUCGAGAGUAUCAAUAACCAGAGUCUUGAUAAGCUAAACGGCGUCGUCCGCAACGCCACUUGGAUCUGUACGCUUGUUUACAUUGCUGUCGGCUUCUUUGGCUAUGUGGCCUUCUGCACUCACACUUUUUCGGGUAACAUCUUGGUAAACUUGUCACCCUCCUUUGGCAGCGACAUUAUCAAAAUUGGCUUUGUGCUGUCUAUUGCUUUCAGCUUUCCCUUGGUCAUAUUUCCGUGCAGGGCCAGCAUCUACUCGUUGCUCUAUCGAAAAGGUCAUACGGAGAGCAGCAGUUACAUACCGGAACAACGAUUCCGCCUCAUUACGAUCUUUAUCGUUGUUUUCUCGCUCUGCGUGGCGCUGGUUAUACCGUCCGUUGAGCUGAUCAUUGGCUUGGUCGGCUCCACCAUUGGCGUGGCCAUAUGCAUUAUGUUUCCCGCUUCUAGUUUCCGCAAAAUCAUCAAAAAGGAGUCGAUGGAACGCACACUGGCACAAUUUAUUUUUGUAAGCGGAUUCCUCCUGAUGAUAUUGGGCACCUAUGCCAAUUUGAAUGCCAUUGACGAGAAAAGCUCCGGCCCAGAGCUUAAUGUCGUUCAAAUGGUGACGCCCCUAGCGCCGCUGGCUGUUGACGAGUUACCAAAGCAUUUGGCCAAGAAUCCAAACGAAAAUGAGAAGAGCUUGUUGUUGGAAAAACUGGAAGCUCAGAAAUCGGAUCCAAUAAGGGACACCAUUGGAGAGAAGAUAAUCGAGAAGCCAAAAGCAGUCCUUAGCGCUUCCUCAGACAACCCACCGAUGCCCCCACUGCCCAUUGAUGAGGCCCACGUAGUUCACGAAAAUGAAGAAGUUUUGACUGAUUCUAAAAAGUUUCCGGAAGAAGAAGUAUUGAGCCCACCCGACCCAAAGCCGGAUAUUAGUAUUCCCAAAAACUUGACAGCUGUAAAGCUCAAGGAAAAUCCUUCUAUUGUCGUUGAAAGGCACCCAGCGCUAGCGACCAAUAAGGAGCCGACAAAAUUGUCAGCGAGUAAUACGAUAGACGGAGCCGCCAUCAAGAAGGAGGAGGAUGUUGCGGCAGAGGAGCAAAAGGAAAGCAAAGCAAACGCCGACGAACUGCUCAAGACGCAGAAUGAACUGAAAGAGACUAAGAAGUUGCUGGAACAAACCGUUGAUGAGCUGAAUGAAGAGCUGGCCAAACAGAAGCCUCUUGGCCAGCAAUCCCCUGAUAUGGAGAAAGUGCCGGAUGACGAUAAGACCAUUAGGGAAUCAAAGAAAGAUGAAAUUAUUACCAGGGAACCCAAGCCUAAGGCUUCGUUAAUCGAAAUUCUCACGGAAAAUACUCAUCUGCGCGACGAGAAGGAGGCGCAUGCUGGUGUCUUCGAGCCGCUCUCCUACAAGACGGGGGAACUGCUCAAGAACACCAGCGUCGACACAGCAGCUCUGAUUAAACGAUUACCUAUUCCACUGGCCGCCCUGCUGCUGAAUGCGACUCAGCCAAAGACAACCAAUACCUCAGCCAACGACUCUGUGCUCCACAAGCCCAACAUCGAUGAUAAUGUGGAGGCCAUACGCCGCGAGCUGCUGAAUCUGAGGUCGCCCAGCGAGCCGACAGAUCAGCCUCUGGCCAGAAUCAAACGGGAAGUGGCCGACAACGAGAACUGUCUCCGCCAGCCAAAGCUAAACGAGUUGAACAGCAAUCUGGCUGCCGCAGGCUUACAUUUGCAAUUGGAGAGCAUAGGACGCGAUCUCAAGUCCAUCAAAGAUGAAGACGAAGAGACCACCACCACCCCUGUGAACGAAUUCUACGAACUCAGUCCAAACAGAACCCAAACCCCGCAUCAUACGUAGCGUAGACUCGUACAAGUUACAGAAAGCUUUAUGUACAUAAACUUUUAACAUAUUUAUUUAGUUUGUAAGAGAAAAGUGUAGAGCCAGCAGUGGAAGCCUUAAACAAAUACAAAAUUAGAAAAGGAAA